AAGAUGUUCUGAAUUAAAGUCUUAAUUUGAAAUGUUUUUUAUUCAUCAUUAUAAAUUAUUAUAUUUUAUUAAAAUUUAAUUUGAGAAUUUCUUUCUAAAAGGCAUAAUAGCUGCUAAACAUGCGUAGUUGAUGGUAUUUAACCCAUGCAAUCCUACAUAAAUUGUAGGUAACUUCCUACAGAUUUAUCUAGUAGUGCCAAAAGGCCUGUGUGCCUCUGUGGCUUGAUUCAUCAAAAAUACAUGAUUCUCUGGGUUCUGGUAAGUUCAUCGGUUUCAGAAAUAGUACUUAAAACAUUGUCCGCUUUCUAAAGUAUAAAGUAUUGUGUUAGAUUUAAUUGCCUCUAUUGCCAUUUACCCAAACCAUUGAAGUAUAACUGAACACUCUUCUGUACCAGUCUGUGAAGACAUUAGUGUUUGGGUGUGGAUGUUGGUCUCAUGGUAAAUCAUCUCCAAGGCUGCUCUUUAUUGUAGUGAUGAUGAUUAAAUUUCACCAUAAUAAACCUGCACCACCUGAUCUGUGGUCUCUCUGCUAGACAACAACUGUUUUAGACUUUGAUACAAAGGUCAUGAGAUUAGAAUAAUACAGUCCGGCCUAGAAUAACAUAACACUUUCAGAGAACCUUAGCGAAGACACAAGUGACCUGAUGCUGCCUCAAACAUUCAUGGGAACAACUUAAGCAUUUACUUUCACUUAUUGUCUCAGCAGCAGGUUCAUUUCAACAUGGAAAGGAUCCAGCAGGAGAGACCAGACUCUUCUGAACCCGGCUGUGUGUCCAUGCACAGUGACCAUGCGAAGGGUUGCCUUGAUCAUCUUACAGAUCAACACCAUUCUUUAGAAAAGAACACUCACCAGGAGAGACCACACUCACCUGUACCCAGCUGUGUGUCCAUGCAGAGUGACCAUUCAAAAGGUGGCCUGAUUGAUUUUAAAGGCAGCCAUGAUUCUUUGAAAAAGAGCAUUCAGCAUGAGAAACCAGACUCACCUAGCUGUGCGUCCAUGAGUGACCAUUCAAUGAGUGGCCUGAUUGAUUUUAAAGAUCCAUACCAUGCUUUGGAAAAGAGCAUCCAGGAUGAGAAACCAGACUCACCCAGCUGUGUGUCCAUGAGUGACCAUUCAAUAAGUGGCCUGAUUGAUUUUAAAGAUCCACACCAUGCAUUUGAAAAUAUAGUCCACCAGGGGGGGUCAGAGACUACCAGUAGUGACCCUGUCCAGAAGCAUCACACAGAGAUGGAGUCCACAUUUAUGGUGCUUGAAGAAACCAUUGUCACGUUUGUGAAGAAUGAGCUGAAAAUCUUUCAAAAGGUUCUCAGUCCAGAUUACACAGUAGAUUCGGACAGUCAGAAGAAAAAGGAAGACUUGGUGGACAGUGAGGAGGAAGAGCAGAAGAGGAGCAACAGAGAGGCCCUUCUGACAAUCACACUGCACUUCCUGAGGAGAAUGAAGCAGAAGGAGCUGGCUGACUCUCUGCAGAGCAAAGCGGUUGUUCCUAUAUACCAACAAAAACUCAAAUCUCACCUGAAAGGGAAGUUCCAGUAUUUUUUUGAGGGAAUUGCUAAAGCAGGGAACCACACCCUUCUGAAUGACAUUUACACAGAGCUCUACAUUACAGAGGGAGAGAGUGGAGAGGUCAAUGACGAACAUGAGAUCAGACAGAUUGAAACAGCAGCCAUGAAACAAUCAAGACCAGAAACUAUGAUCAAAUGUGAAGACAUCUUCCAACCACUACCUGGCAGAGAUCAUCAUCUGGUCAGAACAGUGCUGACAAUGGGAGUGGCUGGCAUAGGGAAAACAGUCUUGGCGCACAAGUUCAUUCUGGACUGGGCUGAAGAUAAAGCCAACCACGACAUACAAUUCACAUUUCCAUUCAGUUUUAGAGAACUGAAUUUGCUGGGUGGAAAAAAGUACAGCUUGGUUGAACUUAUUCAUCUCUAUUUUACUGAGACCAAAGAAGCAGACAUUUGCUGCUUUGACAAGGUGAAGGUUGUGUUCAUCUUUGACGGUCUGGAUGAGUGUCGACUUCCUCUAGACUUCCACAACAAUGAGAUCCUGACUGAUGUUACAAAGCCAACCACAGUGGAUGUGCUGCUGACAAACCUCAUCACUGGGAAACUGCUUCCCUCUGCUCGCCUCUGGAUAACCACUCGACCUGCUGCAGCCAAUCAGAUCCCUCCUGAGUGUGUUGACAUGGUCACAGAGGUGAGAGGGUUCACUGACACCGACAAAAAAGAGUACUUCAGGAAGAGAUUUCGAGAUGACAACCUGGAUGGCAGAAUCAUGUCCCACAUCAAGACAUCACGAAGCCUCCACAUCAUGUGCCACAUCCCAGUCUUCUGCUGGAUCACUGCUUCAGUUCUGGACCAUGUAUUGAAAGCAAAUGAAAAUGGCGAGUUACCCAAGACCCUGACUGAGAUGUACAUCCACUUCCUGGUGGUUCAGUCCAAGGUAGGGAAAAUCAAGUAUUGUGGAGGAGCUGAGACAGAUACACUCUGGAACACCCACACCUGCAACAUCAUUAUGUCUAUGGGAAGACUGGCUUUUGAACAGCUGCAGAAAGGCAACUUGAUCUUUUAUGAAUCAGACCUGAUAGCAUGUGACAUUGAUAUCAGGGCAGCCUCAGUCGACUCAGGAGUGUUGACACAGAUCUUUAAAGAGGAGUGUGGGCUGUACCAGGAAAAGGUGUUCUGUUUUGUACAUCUGAGUUUUCAGGAGUUUAUGGCUGCUCUGUAUGUCUUUGUGACAUUCAUCAACACUGGAGUCAAUCUACUGUCAGAACCACGACCAAGAUUUAGGUGGUGGCCUAAGCUAUUAACAUUCAGAUCAACUGAAAAAACAAUCUUCCAGACUGCUGUGGACAAGGCCUUACAGAGUCCAAAUGGACACCUGGACUUGUUCCUCCGCUUCCUCCUGGGUUUCUCACUGGAAUCCAAUCAGACUCUUCUACGAGGUCUGUUGAAACAGACAGGAUGUGCCUCAUAUGCCAAUCACGAGACAGUACAGAACAUCAAGGAAAAGAUCCGAGAGAAUCUGUCUCCAGAGAGGUGCAUCAAUCUGUUCCACUGUCUGAAUGAGCUGAAUGAUCAUUCACUAGUGGAGGAGAUCCAAAAGUGCCUGAGUUCAGGAAGUCUCUCCACAGACAAACUGUCUUCUGCUCAGUGGUCAGGUCUGGUCUUCAUCUUACUGUCAUCAGAAAAAGACUUGGACGUGUUUGACUUGAGGAAGUACUCUGCUUCAGCGGAAGGUCUCCUGAGGCUGCUACCAGUGGUUCGCGUCUCCAAAAUAUCUCUGUUGAAUGGCUGUAAAUUGUCAGAGAGAAGCUGUGAAGUUCUGGCAUCAGUUCUUAGCUCCAAAACCUCUACUCUUAGAGAGCUGGACCUGAGUGACAACAAUCUACAGGAUUCAGGAGUGAAGCUGCUCUCUGCUGGACUAGGAAGUCCACACUGUAGACUGGAAACUCUGAGAUUGUCAGGCUGUCUGGUCACAGAGGAAGGCUGUGCUGCCCUGGUCUCAGCUUUGAGCUGUAACCCCUCCCAUUUGAGAGAGCUGGAUCUGAGCUACAACCAUCCAGGUGACUCAGGCGUGAAGCUGCUCUCCGCAGCCCUGGAGGAUCCACGCUUGCAACUGACUACUCUCAGAGUGGAUAAUGGUGGAGUGAAGAGAUUGAAGUCAGGUCCGAGAAAGUAUGCCUGUGAACUCACACUGGACCCAAACACAGCAAACAGUAAGCUCUCUCUGUCCAAGGACAACAGAAAGGUGACAGAGGUGUUGGAGGAGCUUCCAUACCCUGAUCAUCCAGAGCGAUUUUACCAUUGGAAGCAGGUUCUGUGUAGAGAAGGUUUAACUGGGCGUUGUUACUGGGAGGUCGAUUGGAAAGGAUGGGUUAAUAUUGGAGUGGCAUACAAAGGAAUCAAAAGGAAAGGGCAGGAUGACGACUGCUGGAUCGGCCAGAAUGACAAGUCCUGGAGUCUGUUACGCUGUGAUAAUAAGUACUCCGCCUGUCACAAAAACAGGAGAGCAGUCAUACCCAUCCACUCCUCCUUUGACACUGGCAGAGUAGGAGUGUAUCUGGACUGGCCUGCUGGUACUCUGUCCUUCUACAGAAUCUCCUUUGACACACUGAUCCACCUCCACACCUUCCACUGCACAUUCACUGAACCCCUCUAUCCUGCAUUUGGGAUUGAGUUUAAGUGUGAAUCAUCAGUUUCUCUGUUAGAUAUAGCAUAAGGUAGAGUUAUCUCUUAUGUUCAAUGAAUAACAUACAGUAUACACAUCAUUCAGUUGAGUUGAACUGACUAAUCAUUUUAUGGCAAAGCUAGCUCAACAUAGUAAAAGCUUAAGAGGUUAGUAUGCUUCAACUGAAGUGUAGUGGAGCAGCAUCCCCCGCUCACCGCAACCUUUUUGUCUUGGAAUUGGGGGGGUUGCGUCCAACAAUUUUUGUAACUUUCUGAAAUUUAUAAUCCAACAAGCAUGCCCUCUUCACACAGUGACUGGCCAGGUGUGCUGAGGUGUGAAAGUAGGCAGGGUUGGAAGUUCUCACUCUAGGUCUGUUUUUGAACGUGCCCAGGCUCUCCACCGACUGCAAGACCCAGGGCAUGAUGGGAAACGCCUGGCUGUUGCUUGAUCAAAGAGCUGAUUAGCUCUUAGUUUUGACCACAAACACCAUGUUUUGUAAAAAAUCAUAAUUUUCUGUUUAAUUGUAAUAUUUAAUGAUAAAUUGUAGUCUAUUAGUCUCAGCUUUAACUACAGGUAGCCUACAGAUGGAUCAAACAGGAUGUAUAUAUUUUGGUGAUUUUCUGUAUAUUCUUUGAAGGCUGCUGGAAACUGUCCAACUUGACUACAGCUUUUUGUCACUGCCCCCUGCUGCUGCCGCCGCCGCCUGAUCUUGUCCCCUUUCCAGGCGAGGCCAGUUCAUUGUAAGACCUCUGACACAACCAACCAAACAAACGAAAACGUGGCACCAAAAAUGGUGCUCACCAUUUUCAGAUUCAAGUGCCCCUGAUUUGUGAUCUGGCCAACAGAGAUGUUAGGGGUUGUCACGUUUAAUCAAAGUUGCUGUUGGAUUAUUCUACUUCAUUAGAUUACAUUACAUACACAUUACAUUUCAUACAUCCACCUGUGUGGAAGAUAGCAGUGAGGACAGUACAUCAGUAAUCAGACUAUGACACCAGAAAUGCCCCACAAAGCAUAAACCAAAUGUCAGUACAGCUGAUAGUCAACCACUUCAGCUGAGAAACACAGUGCGAAGAGAACAUCCAUGUAGUCUCCUUUUGUUUUUUGAGGAUUAUUUCAUUUUUUUAUUAGUACAGCUGAAGAGAUAGACAGGAAAGGUGGGGAGUGAGAGGGGAUGACAUGCAGCAAAGGGUUGGAAUCAAACCCAGACCGGAACACACAUGUACUUAAACCUUCUGAAUUCCUGACUCCAACACUUUUCAAAAAUCAUUGUAAAUACAUAUACAGAUGUUUUUAUUUUAAUAAAAAAAAUGAACUCUG